AAAUGUAAAUAUCUGUUUUUUGACGCCUUCUCAGUACAAAAUUCUUUGACAGAGUUAUUAAAAGAGAUUUCGGAUUAGGAGGAUUGGUUGUCAAGGUGUGAGGUGUACAAGUGUCGUUCUGUUUUAGGCUAUUUCGUACUUCUGAGAGCUGUUGAUUUACUUUUUUGUUUACUAUUUCUGGUGGUGUUGGUUUUAGUAGUUAUAAAUCCGUAAGUAUUUAGUAAUUGUGUUGUUGUAUAUAUAUGUAAGUAGUUAAAAUAAAAUGGAGGAAGAUCCUCCCGAUCCCGACGGGGUUACAUGUGACUCCCAUGCGGGUACCAAAAAGAAAAAUAUGCCUAUCGAGAUCGAUCAGUCGAAUCGUAAAAGAUCGCAAGCAACCAAUAACUCAGUUCAUCCACAGAAAAGAUUAAUUACAGAUCCAUCUCAACCUGUACCAUCUAUUCAGACCUCUUAUACUCAUCCUGACUACAUUGAAAAAAAACAUAAAUACUCUAAUAACGACAGUGCGCCCUUUAUUGUACAUGUAAGUAAGAUAGUAGAUGAUUUAUCAUCUGGAGUAGUUUUAAAACCGAUAAAGUUUGGUCAUUUUCUCUACCAUAAUAAUAUUAAAAAUGUUGUUAGCGACGGUGUUAAGCGAGUAGGGCGCAAUAGAAUCUCAGUUGAAUUUAAAAGUGCAGCAGAUGCAAAUUGCUUUAUUGAGAACCCAGCCCUUGCAGGUGCUAAAUAUGAUGCUGUAAUCCCUUCUUAUAGUAUCACUCGCAUGGGAAUAGUGAGGCAGGUCCCUGUAGAAUGGACAUUAGAGGAACUCAUUUCAUCAAUCGAGGUCCCAGCUGGUUUUGGCUCAAUCAUUAAAGCUCGCCGAUUUAAUAGAAAAUCACUUAAUGAAAACCAAAGCACUGUGUGGAUUCCCUCUCAAACAGUCCUUUUAACUUUUUCCGGCCAGAAACUCCCUUCUAAUAUUUAUUGUUUUUACAACUCAAUGCCCGUUGAGCCCUACAUUUUACCACUUAUUCAAUGUCACAAAUGUUGCCGUUUUGGACAUGUUACCUCACAGUGUAGAUCAUCUUCCCGUUGUUUUGUGUGUGCUCAAAAUCAUGAGGGUAUAUCAUGCACAAGACAGUCUCCCACUUGCCUUUUUUGUUCAGGAUCUCACACAGCUAAAGAUCCCUCCUGCCCUGAACACUCUAGGCAGCGAUCUAUUAAACUCACAAUGUCACAGGAAAAUAUUUCCUAUCUAGAAGCAUCUGCUCGUUUCCCUCAAGUCCGUAGAUCCUAUGCAGAUACUGCUAGAACCCUUCCUUCAUAUGAGCAUCAGACUUCCUGUCCUAUUUCAAACCCUCCUUUACCUUCAGUUGUCCCCUCACAAUCUCAUUCUUACAGGAAGACUACAUUCACUCCAAGACUUUCGCCAAAUCCAGCAUCUAGUCAUGGAUAUGAUAAAUCUGCCCAUGAGGCAAUAAUAAAUACCCCUCCUUCUUCAUCUACUAAUGGUUGUGCUAUAAUAGGGCGAAGUAUUUCCCCUAAUGAUAAUCUCUGCGAACUGAUGGUCUCCAUGCUUAUAAGUAUGCUUUCCCGUUUCAGCGACAUGGAUCUCCCACUCGCCCUCCGCCAAAAACUUACUGAGCUCAUUUCCUUAACAAAUAACCUUCCCUCCAAUACUUCAGUGGAACUGCCGGAGCAUUAAAAAUAAGAAAAACGAACUAACAUAUCUUAUUAAUAAAUACCAUCCCCUUAUCCUAGCCAUCCAGGAGACAUGGCUAAAGCCUGGCUCCCAUUUUAGGGUCUCAGGCUAUUCAUGUCUCAGGGAUGAUAGAAGUGAUGGUCAUGCUGGCUCUUUCAUUCUUAUCUCAAAAUCAAUUACUUAUACAUUAAUUUCCCUUCCUUCUCAUAGUCCUUCAAUUAAUGCUGUUGCAGUUAGAGCUCAUAACAUUUCUUUCCUUUCUAUUUACAUUCCCGAACCUAACCUAAAUAUCUUAUCGGAACUUACGAGGAUUAUAUCCUCCAUCCCUCCUCCUAUGAUAAUUCUUGGUGAUUUUAAUAUGCACCAUACUUUAUGGGGUUCCCAUUUUUGUGAUCCCUGGUCUUUUACAUUCUUAGACAUCAUUGAUGAUUUAGAUCUCUGCCUCCUUAACGAUGGUUCACCUACACGUAGAGUUUCCCCCCUCCAAAAUCCUAAAAGUGCAGUAGAUCUGUCACUCUGUUCUCCUGCCCUGUCAUCCCUUCUUUCUUGGAGAAUAUUACCCAUUUCCCAUGGCAGUGAUCACUUUCCUAUUGUUAUCAAUCCUCCUAACUCCUAUACAGUCAAUGUUCCAUUCAAACCUAGGUUAAAAUAUAACACAUCCAAAGCAAACUGGCAUCUGUAUUCCACAGUUCUAGAUGAAGAACUUUCAUCCCUCCCUACGGUUCAGAAAGAGAAUGUUCUUCAGGUGUAUUCUACUUUCAAAAAUGCUAUUUUAUCUGCUGCAAAUAAGACAAUUCCCAUUAAAAAACCUUAUAAAAAUAAUGCUCCUUCACCGCCUUGGUGGGAUCAAGAUUGUUCUGUAGCAUGCAAGAAGAGAAAGGAAGCUGAACUAAGAUAUUCCCGCUCAAUGAAUUUUGAUAACUAUAUUUUUUAUAAAAAAACUGCUGCUGAAACAUUAAAAUUACUGUCUGAAAAGAAAAAGGCUGGAUGGCUUAAAUUCUGUGAGUCACUGUCGCCUAGGACUCAUCCAUCACUGGUCUGGAAAAAUAUAAAAAAAUUCCGAUGUUCAGUUUCGGCCCCUGAAAACACAAAUUCUAAUGAUCAGUCUUAUUGGCUAGAAAAUUUUGCUAGUAAACUUGCUCCUCCUUCAGUACCAUCUUACAAUGAAUGUAUAGUAUUCCAAUCACAGUCCCUGCACUAUCAACACAGUUUUGACUCUCCUUUCUCUUAUGAGGAGUUAUAUUCUGUUCUUAAUGUCCUUAAAGACUCUUCACCAGGAAUCGAUGGAAUCCCUUAUUCUUAUAUUACUAAUAGCAGUGAAUCUACUAAAGCCCAUCUUCUUUCUAUUUUGAAUUAUAUUUACAUGUCCGGUAUUCCUCCUGAAGAGUGGAAAUCCCAAGUUAUCUUACCUAUUCACAAACCAGGUAAGCCCUACACUGAUCCCGCAAGCUACCGCCCUAUUGCUCUUUCUUGCACCAUGGCCAAAAUCCUUGAACACCUAAUAAAAAAUCGUUUAGAAUGGUUUCUUGAAAGCAAAAAUCUUUUAGCAAAAAGCCAAUUUGGAUUCCGAAAGGGCUUAAGCACCAUGGAUAGCAUUAGUACUCUAGUUACUGAUAUUCGUAUAGCUUACUCUAAACAUGAAUACCUUGUUGGAGUCUUCCUAGAUAUCUCGUCUGCAUAUGACAAUGUACUUCUUCCUGUGCUCAGGCAAAAAAUGCUUAAUCUGAGUAUUCCAGUGAGGAUAGUAAAUUUUGUCUCUAACUUUCUCUCUUCUAGAUCCAUUUAUAUUGACAGUCAAAAUUCUCUACUCCCGCCAAGAAUUGUAUGGAAGGGUCUCCCACAAGGCUCAGUACUUAGUCCUUUACUCUAUUCUAUCUAUACUUAUGAUUUAGAACUUUCUGUUAACUCCUUCUGUAACAUCCUCCAAUAUGCAGACGAUAUAGCUAUAUAUAUUUCCCUAGAUAACCUCCUUGCAGCAUGUUCUCGCUUGAAUAUAUCAAUGUCUUAUUUACAGGAUUGGUUAACUGAUCAUGGUUUGUCUUUGUCUGUUCCCAAAAGCAGUGUUGUAAUCUUCUCUCGCCAUAGGCAAGUCCCUGAAAUCAACAUUCUCUAUAAUAAUGAACCUAUCCCAAUUAGGGAGAGUGUAAAAUUUUUAGGAGUUAUUCUCGACUCCAAACUAGCCUUUUCUCAUCACAUCAACUAUGUCUCCAAAAAAUGUGAAAAAAAUAUAAACAUUCUUCGCGCUUUAUCGGGUGUCUGGUGGGGCUCCCACCCAUUCUCCCAAAAAAUACUGUACAACGCCCUUAUCCGUAGUCAUUUAGAUUAUGGAUGUUUUGUUUUGGAACCGUGCAAUAAGUCUUCCCUAAAGAUCCUAGACAGGAUUCAAUCCAAAAGCCUUCGUAUAAUCAUCGGGGCAAUGAAAUCUUCCCCAAUAAAUGCUCUCCAAGUUGAAUGUGUGGACCCUCCCCUUUAUCUAAGAAGGCAAUAUCUUUCGGACCGAUACUUUUUUAAAAUCUACCAACUCUCUUCCCACCCUCUCAUUUCUAAACUACACCUCCUUUUGGAAUAUAUUUCGUCAAAACAUUACUGGUCUCAUAAAGAAUCUCCCUGCUUAUCCAACAGUUUGGUAACAUUACUCCACCUACCAUACCCAGUAUCACAAUUCAAGUCCUGCCCCAUAUUUGAUAUCCCAUAUGAUGCAAUCAUUUUCCAACCAAAUAUCCACCUCGACCUUGGUAUUGAGAAAGAUUGCCCUAUAGCAAAUAGUAAAGUAAGUAGAGUCAUAGAUAAUUUAUGGAAAGGCUGGCUUAUUAUAUACACUGAUGCCUCCAAAAAGUCAGAUGAAAGUUGUACUGGAGCAGCAGUUUGGAUUCCCAGAUUCAAAAUAAUUCUUAAUUUUAAAUGCCCUUCUAUUUCUUCCACUUUUACUGGCGAGGCCACGGCAAUUCAUGAAGCUUUAAUAUAUAUAGAAGCACACAACUUAAAUAAGUCAGUUAUUCUUACCGACUCCAAAAGUUGUUUGUUAGCAAUUUUGUCAAACCAAUUCCAAAGUAAAUAUAAGAUACCCUUGAUCCUCAAAAUUAAACACACAUUGUAUAGAUGUCAUCUCAAGGGCAUACAGGUUUCCUUAGCUUGGAUUCCAGGUCAUAGUGGCAUCAAGGGCAAUGAAACAGCUGAUCUGAUGGCUAAAAAUGCCAGUCGAAAUGGUUUGCCAUGUAAUUUAACUUACUCCUCAGACAUAGUGUUACUUGCAAAGAAGAAGUUAAAUAAUAAUUGGAAUACACUAUGGAAAGCCACUCAAAAUAUAAAAGGUAAACACUAUGCUGCUAUACAAUGUGCCAUCCUUCCAAAACCAUGGUUUUUCAAAUUCAAUAAAGCUAAUAAACAUUCUACAUCAACUAUUUGUAGACUUAGAAUUGGCCACGCUUGUACACCAGUACAUUUGGCCAAACUGAGGAUUAGGGAUAGUUCCCUCUGCGAAUGUGGGUUGGAUGAGGGAACCUCCGACCAUAUUUUUUUUAACUGUCCUAAAUUAUCUUGUUCACUCUAUGAUUAUCUCCCUCCUGACAUCCCUCGUCCUAUAAAUUUUGAUUCACUUUUAACCUACACAAACACUCCUUAUGUAUAUAUUCUGUGUGAUUUUAUUAACACUAAUGGUAUAAAAGUUUAAUGUUUGUCAAUACUAACAUACUAAUGUAGUUAUAGCAACCGUGUUUGUCAUUUGUUCUAGGUAAUUCAACAGUAUAACCAUUAGUACUACAAGAUAAAAGGGGAAAAAAUUGGUUUAAAGGAAAAAAGAUACUUGUACUAUCACAAUCUUCUCUUGUAUAUGGGCAUAGUAUUUGUAACUACUGAGCUUCUACUCAAUAAACGCUUUCACGCUGACAUUGGCGAAUGAUCAAAACCGCCAUAAAAAAGAAAGAAGAAGAAGAAGAGUUAUUAAAAUACUGAGGCUUAACAUUUUAAGAUUUUUUUGGUAUAUAGACGCUACCAUUUCUUCUCAACUAAUUUUAUGUAUGAAAGUCUGCCAUUGUUCUUUCCCCCCAAUGAGAAAAUGCUCAAGAAGUGGCUUGAAUUGAUUCCUUGUGAUUUGUUACAAAAGAAAAGUAUUAGUGAUCUUGCCCACCUGCAAGUCUGUCAUAAACAUUUUGAAUCUCGUUUUGUAACUGGAAAAAUCACAUAUUUUAAAGAUAGGUUAUACAACGCUGUUCCUGGAUUCUAAGAUCAGCACUGGCAUUCCACUAAACCGUUCGGAGGGCAUUUAAAAUGUGAAUGCUCUUGAUGACCAUUAACAUGCGAUGAAAAGGCAUUAUGACCACACCUAUUUUAAAACAGAAGUGUUAUAAUCAUACCCACACAUGAUGCCAAUAAACACAGAAAUGCAGCCGUGUACAUCCAAAGUAAGGAUUAUGGACUUCACAAUCCCCAAGGACCUUCAAGCUGAAGGAAGUUUCCAAGAAAAAGGUAAGGAUGCGGGGCACAGCACUAUCCAAGUCAAUAUGAAGCUAUGUAAUAUAAAAACUUAAGUGCUGUAGAGAUCUGUUUAGAUUGGUGCCGCAAUCGUCCUUUGCCUGGUAUAGUUGCUAC